CUAGCGCCAAAGAGGAGACGUUGCAGCUAGAUGCUAACAUGUUCCACAUUGGUUAGAUUUAUUCCCCAUACAUAAGGGGAAAGGGCGUCAAGCAAACAAUUAAGAAGGCAUUAAUGUUCGAACCGGGCACAGAUUUGGGAUUUCAAUGUGUCAUUACUUGAAUCUGUUUUGAUCGUCAGGCUGCCAGACGGUCUGGUUAAUGCAAGGAGGUUAAAAGGUUUGAUGUGUUGACGGCAGCUCACUGAAGUGUUGUCGAGAGCAGUGCGUCGCCAUACAAGAUGGACACCGCCGAAGAAGCGGACAUAUGCAGGGUCUGUCGGUCUGAAGGAACCCCAGACAAGCCACUCUAUCACCCCUGCGUAUGCACCGGCAGCAUUAAGUUCAUCCAUCAGGAAUGCUUGGUUCAAUGGCUGAAGCACAGCAGGAAGGAGUACUGUGAAUUGUGCAAGCAUAGAUUUGCCUUCACGCCAAUUUACUCUCCAGACAUGCCUUCUCGGCUUCCCGUUCAGGACAUAUUUGCCGGACUGGUGACGAGUAUUGGCACAGCUAUACGAUACUGGUUUCACUACACACUGGUGGCCUUCGCCUGGUUAGGAGUGGUUCCCCUCACAGCAUGUCGAAUCUACAAGUGUCUAUUUACCGGCUCUGUGAGCUCGCUACUGACGCUGCCAUUAGAUAUGCUGUCCACAGAGAACUUGCUGGCGGACUGUUUGCAGGGCUGUUUCGUGGUGACUUGCACCUUGUGCGCGUUCAUAAGCCUGGUGUGGCUGCGUGAGCAGAUCGUCCAUGGUGGCGCCCCCCAAUGGCUGGAGCAGAAUCAGCAGCAGCCUCCCAAUGUGCCCGGGCAGCCCAAUGAGGCCCCUGGUGCUGGAAACGGAGCCCCAGAGAACCAGGCCGCCCCAGCGCCCGCCAACCCCCCGGCUGAGAACGAGGUGGCGGCCGACAACCCCAACGUCCAGAUGGACCCGGCAGAGGACCUGGAGGUGGACAACGAGGAUGAGGACGAGGCCGGAGCCGAAGAUGCAGCGGACGCCAACAACGGGGCCCAAGACGAUAUGAACUGGAAUGCGCUGGAGUGGGAUCGAGCAGCAGAGGAGCUCACCUGGGAGAGGAUGCUUGGACUUGAUGGCUCCUUGGUUUUCUUGGAACACGUCUUCUGGGUCGUUUCACUGAACACGCUCUUCAUUCUUGUGUUUGCUUUUUGCCCCUAUCACAUUGGACACUUCUCUGUAGUGGGACUUGGUUUUGAAGAAUAUGUCCAAGCCUCUCACUUUGAGGGUCUGAUCACCACAAUCGUGGGCUACGUGCUGUUGGCUGUGACAUUAAUUGUGUGUCACGGUUUCGCAGCGCUGGUCAGGUUCCAGAGAUCACGUCGCCUGUUGGGGGUUUGCUACAUCGUCGUGAAGGUUUCAUUAUUGGUGGUUGUGGAGAUAGGUGUCUUCCCCCUCAUCUGUGGCUGGUGGCUGGACAUUUGUUCACUGGAAAUGUUUGAUGCCUCUUUGAAGGAUAGAGAGCUAAGUUUCCAGUCAGCCCCUGGCACAACCAUGUUCCUUCAUUGGCUUGUAGGAAUGGUCUACGUCUUCUACUUUGCUUCUUUUAUUCUCUUACUGCGAGAGGUGUUAAGGCCUGGAGUAUUGUGGUUUCUAAGAAACUUGAAUGAUCCUGAUUUUAAUCCAGUCCAAGAAAUGAUUCAUCUGCCAAUAUACAGACAUCUCAGAAGAUUUAUUUUAUCAGUGGUUGUAUUUGGUUCCAUUGUCCUGCUAAUGCUUUGGCUUCCAAUCAGGAUAAUCAAACUCAUUCUACCAAACUUCCUUCCUUAUAACGUAAUGCUCUACAGUGACGCCCCUGUGAGUGAGCUGUCUCUGGAGCUGCUGCUGCUGCAGGUGGUGUUGCCGGCUCUGCUGGAGCAGGGCCACACCCGGCAGUGGCUCAAGGGCCUGGUGCGCGCCUGGACCGUCACGGCCGGGUACCUGCUAGACCUCCAUUCGUACUUGCUGGGCGACCAGGAGGAGAAUGACAACAAUGCUAACCAGCAGGCUAACAACAACCAGCAGGCCCGCAACAACAACGCCAUCCCUGUGGUGGGAGAGGGGCUGCAUGCAGCACACCAGGCCAUAUUACAGCAGGGAGGCCCAGUGGGCUUCCAGCCUUACCACCGGCCCAUGAGGUUUCCAUUCAGGAUUGUGUUGCUGAUAGCCUUCAUGUGUGUGACUUUACUGGCCGCCAGCCUGGUUUGUUUGACGUUACCGGUGUUCGCUGGCCGCUGGCUCAUGUCGUUCUGGACGGGCAGCGCUAAGAUCCACGAGCUGUACACGGCGGCCUGCGGCCUGUACGUCUGCUGGCUGUCCAUCCGAGGCAUCACCGUGCUGCUGGCCUGGAUGCCCCAGGGCCGCACCGUCAUCCUGCUCAAGGUCCAGGAGUGGUCGCUCAUGAUAAUGAAGACGCUGAUAGUGGCGGUGCUGGUUGCCGGGGUGAUCCCCCUGCUGCUGGGUCUGCUGUUUGAGCUGGUGAUCGUAGCGCCCCUCAGAGUCCCCCUGGACCAGACGCCACUCUUCUACCCCUGGCAGGACUGGGCUCUGGGAGUGCUUCACGCCAAAAUCAUAGCUGCCAUUACCCUCAUGGGUCCCCAGUGGUGGUUGAAGACUGUGAUUGAGCAGGUAUAUGCAAAUGGGAUCCGCAACAUUGACCUGCAUUUCAUAAUUCGCAAGCUGGCCGCUCCAGUCAUUUCCGUCUUGCUCCUGUCCCUCUGUGUGCCGUAUGUCAUUGCAGCUGCCAUUGUUCCAAUCAUAGGGGUUACCAUGGAGAUGCAGAAUCUGGUGCAGCGCCGGAUCUAUCCUUUUCUUCUAAUGGUUGUGAUGCUAAUGGGAAUCCUCUCUUUCCAAAUCCGCCAAUUCAAGCGCCUUUAUGAGCACAUUAAGAACGACAAGUACCUUGUUGGUCAGAGACUUGUAAACUAUGAACGCAAGGCUGGCAAAGCAAGCUCAGCCUCACCCACCAGCUCUCCUCAAGAGUAGGAUUGGCUGUCAAUGACAUCAGUCUGCAGCUAACCAACUCACCGCCCCUGCUUCAUGUCUGCUUGUGGCUCCUCCAUAUUUCAGACACUCUUGUGUCCUUCUCUUUUCCUGUUUUAAAGUGAAGCUUGAGAACUGUACAUGUGUAAAUAUUUGGGAAUUAAUUCCAAAAAAACAAACAAACUUGGGUUGAAAGAAUGAGCAUUGUACAUCUUUGGGGAAAAAAAAUGUAUUAAUUUAUUAAAUCAUUGUCACUUUAUCUUUUGGACUCUUCUUGUUCAGUCUCAAACUGACCCAGUGCCAAUAACUAAUUAAUGUAUGUAGGUUUGCCUGUUUGAAGAAACCUAAUGUUGAGGUCAGCUUAGCUUUACAAAUCACAAGCUCCUGUGCCAAUUCACUAGAGAAAUGUAGUAAUUAGUUAAAUCUCUGUUUGUACAGGUAAAGGACGGGAAGAAAAUAAUGAGCAUUGUUGCUGUAUCUUUUAUUUUUUGUAUUGCUGUAUUUUGAGGGAGAAUAAAUGAAGUCUAAUUGCAUAGGUAGACAAUCAUGGGCUCCAAGGCCUGUAACACUUACUUGACAUUAUGUGUGACAUCAGAAACACUCAUUUUAGCUGCAUUGUAAAAUGCAACUGCAUUUUACAUUUCUGAGUAGAAGGCCAUUCAAAAAGUUGUGAAUUUAAACAAUUGUUUAAAGAAUUCUCACAAUUCAGUCUUGUUUAUGUUUGGGUUGGUGUAUCAAACCAUUUCUUAAUACAAAUAUCAUUUCAGAGAUGCAUACACCUUGCAGGUUGUGUUCACAUACAAUUUGGCAAGCACACAUGAUCAGCUUUAACCAUGAUGAGCAUUUCAGAGUGCCGAAAAAUGUUCCCUUUUUUAUUUUAAAUGCAAACAAGUGUUGGUCAUUGUCCAAACUAUUUUAACAAUUGGCAAAGAUUAGGGGAAUACAAGAGCUUUGAAAAGUGUGCAUAAUUAAUUAAAGUGAUGUUGUUUUCUCAGUAGUGAUAGGGCCAGUAAUGCUAGAUAUGUCAAAUGUAUUUUUCAGUAACAUUUCAUGAAGUUCCGUUUGUCUUAAAAUACUGAAAGGGUUGAGAAUUCCAUUAUAAAAUGAAUGUUUCUCUCUUGUGUCAGUAUUAUUUGGGAGGAAAGGUGUCAUUUGUCAUUUUUUUUACAAUCAUUUUCAUGAAGUCUCAAUUUAAAAAGAAGUCUUACAUGUUUUCAGGCUGAUUUGAGGUGGCACAGGACUUCUUUGAAUGCAAAUCUUCUAUAAGUGACCUUAUAGAUCUUAUACUGUACAAACCCAAUGCUUGGGUGUUUUGUUGGUUUUGUUUUUGCAUCUUUUCAAGCAAAAUGUGUAUUCUAUUUUUAUAUGUAUAUGGCAUGGCAGUUUGUAUGUCUCAACAUAAGGUGUUAUGGUUUGGUGAGCUGUGUACAUAGUUUUGUUACCUGAAACACAUUUCUGAACAAAACCAUAGCUUCUCAUGGGCAUGCUGCAAGAUAAUGGUAUAAAUACAAACUGGAAAUGGACUUUGUUUAUAACUGUGCUCUCUGAUACUUGUGUUGUCAGCUUGUCUCAGCCCAAGCGGUUGUAAGAGAUUUGUGAAUGUUUAAAAAUAAACUGCUGGGGAGUCAUUCACCAUUUACAACUAAAAUGCUGGGAAAUACACAUUUUAUUCAAAAA